CUGCGCCACCUACAGGGAUUUUAGAGUUAGUCAUUCGGCAGCCAUUGGUGUGUGUGGUAACGGGCUUACGCUGUGUUUCAACUGGAGUGACUUCCGGAGGUUACAGCCUCCCGAGGCCGGUCCCAGACCUGGGAGACAAAACAACGCAUGUUACCGGUAAUACCAGUCCAUGAUGACCCAAGAAAGGCAACAGAAUCACUUAUUUCCAUUGGGUUCCUUUGGGUGAGACCCACGACAGUUUAACACCCAGGUACCUAUUUACUGCCAGAUGAACGGGGGACAGCAGGUGUGAGGAUACUUCCCUGUACAUCUUAUCUCGUCAGCUUCAAUGACGUCAGUGUUGGAGGAGAAGCGACCUGAACAAGUUGUCAACACUGCUGUUGGUGAUCAAUACAGUCAUUAUGGUGAUCAACAUUCCUCAUGCUGCUGUUGCAUUAAAGGGCAUAUUCUUCGCACACCUGAUACUCACAGUGUGGAGCAACUUUUGUGGGAGUCUCCCAGAAAGUUUUGUAUUCUACAACACAAUCUUCCUCUUAACAAUCAUAUGGAGUUUACAUCAGAGGGAGUCUGAGGAAGCCCCAUUCAUGGCUUUGUGCACAAAUCUUUUGGCCAUAAUGUUUGAUAUAGUGAAUCUUGCAUAUUAUUGGCCCCACACUAUAAGUGGAAUGAAACGCUUUGGAGCAGCCAUGGCCAUUUUGAACUUAUUGCUACGUCCUUUGACCAGCUUUAUGCUCUAUCGAAUUGUGCAGGACCGAGCUGGAUCAUAUGGAACCUUUGGUUUGCCAUCAAGUUUUGAGGGCAUCUUUGGAGGUCCCCGACGCAGCCCAUAUGAAGAUAUUGACCAGGCUCCUCAGAAUAACCCUUCAACAGGCAUGGACCAAGAAAAUGUCCCCACAUCAUCACCCAGUGAGAAUCUCUUUACCACUUAAGCAGGAAGGUUUCAAAAUUUUCCAGCCUUACAAUGGCAUCAUGUUAAUCAAAGGUAUCCAGCAGAAUUUAUUUUGUGUGUAUUAGAUUUUCUUGCAUUAGCAUUACAAAACUGGCUAAAGCUACUAUUUUUCUUUUGGUUACUGGUACCUGAAGUGUGUAAUAAAAUAUAUGAACUAGGAUGGCUUUGUACAUACUGUACAUAGCAAAAUUAAAUAUGAAUGACCUUAAAUUAGUAAGUACAGUAUUUCAUUGGUUGCUUUUAAUAAACUGAGCCAAUAUAUUUUCUCAAGACUAAACUUAUUACAGACAUUAAGGAAAUUGCCACACACAAGCGAGAUGCUGCACAUCUAAAUUCAAACAGUCACCUGGAAAUUUCAAUUUAAGACUCUUAAUGAUUUAAAUAUAUCUUUAACUGUAAGUUUUUGUUUUUAGGCUACCUCAUAGUUGACUAUUUUCUUAUGGAAUCCAUUAAAGGUGUUUUAUUUAAUGUUCAUUCAUUUUUAGCUGUAUGUAUUAUCCUCUGCCAUUUUAGUUCAUUCAUUUGCUCUCAUUAUGUCUCAUGCUAAUCCUAAUGGAUUCAUUAGUCCUUGCAAGUUAUUCCAUUCUUUGAGAAGUUGGAAAUGUGUGUAUAAUUUCUGCAUUCACUGUUUCAUACCCAGAAGUUAGUAUAGGAGGAAGUUAUUGACUGAAUACUUUCAUUUUACAACAGAGGUAUAUUUUGAAUAUAAAAGUUUCUCAAAAGCAUGCAUGUCUAUUUUGUCUUCUGAUAUCACUUGACUGGCAUUUGUUAGGCAACACUAAAUUUUCCUAAAUACAGUGGAACCUCUACUUACGAGUUUAAUCCGUUCCAUGACCUUGCUUGCAAUUGGAUUUGCUCGUUUGCAGAGUCAAUUUUCCUCAUUUAGAUUAAUUGAAAUGAAUGAAUUCAUUCCAGUGGAAUUCCAGGCACGAGAAAAUACUUUAAUAAUUUCCCUAAUAUCAACUCUACUGCUUAUUUAUCUAUCACAAUUCAUGUAAUAUGACAUAAUAAACAAUAUUAAUAACAUAGAAACAUGAUAUAUACACUAGAAUGAAUAAAAUACAUGUCAUUAGGUAUGUGGCUAGUGGUGGUGACAGCAGCCAUUGUUGGGGUUUAUAGGGCCACCACAGUGGCCAUUCCUGCUCCUGGCUACAUGUAUAGAGAACCUAGGAUAACCCAGAAAAGUCAGACAGAAUGACUUUGCUACUUAAUUGCUACACUCUUAAUGCUACAUUUAAUUGCUAAUCUGCCACUGCUGCUUCAUGUUGUCUGCCACUGUUACCUCAUGAUGUCUGCCACUGCUGCUUCAUGUUGUCUGCCACUGCUCCUUCAUGUUGUCUGCCACUGUUACAUCAUGAUGUCUACCAUUGAUGUAGCUCAAUUUUAAGGUACUUUUCAUCGUGAAACCAAUUAAAAUCAUAUUUAUUUUUGUAGUAUAUUUUCCAUUCUAUUACACGAGACCAAAUAAAACGAGAAUACAACCAUAAAAAACAUACAAAAAUACAGUGGACCCCCGGUUAACGAUAUUUUUUCACUCCAGAAGUAUGUUCAGGUGCCAGUACUGACCGAAUUUGUUCCCAUAAGGAAUAUUGUGAAGUAGAUUAGUCCAUUUCAGACUCCCAAACAUACACGUACAAAUGCACUUACAUAAAUACACUUACAUAAUUGGUUGCAUUCGGAGGUGAUCGUUAUGUGGGGGUCCACUGUAUACCGCUAAGGGGAGGCUAAUGGCUGAGAAGUGAACUCCGUUAUUUAUGACCCAAUUUCUUUCAUUUUUGGUGUACGUUAAGAAGCAUCUUUUCAUCAUACUUUGCCCAAGUUUCAAUAAGAUAGUCCAACAAACAACUGAGAUUCAGUUCCCUAGAUCAAGAGCAAGAGCCCCCUCACCAGUGUCAAUUAACCUCCCUUGAUGCCUGUUCGCAUCUUGAAAUUUUGCUCGCGUCUGGAAGCAAAAAAUCGACCGAACAGAUGCUCGUAUGUGGAAAAACUCGCACAUGGAUGCACUCGUAAGUAGAGGUUCCACUGCAUACAGAUUCAUUUGUGUACUUAUGACAGUUUUAUUUUGUUAACCUGAUUAUGCUGGUAAUUUGUAAAUGUACCAAGAAUCACCUUAGCAUUUAAUAAGUUCUAUAAUUUUACCCUGUUACUGGCUUCAUUCAGCUUGUAUUUGGGUUUGUUGCAAAUAAGGCCAAUUUAAGAAACUAGAAUACAGAUGGGAUACCACAAACUGAGUUUUAUCCUUGUAACUAAAAAUAACCAAAUAUAUCUAAGGUGUAUAGAGUAAAGGCCACUGUUUUUAAACCCACUUCACAUUUACAGUUUAUUGACUUCCGGCAAUGCUUUGAAGAAAUGUGACUGAAACACUACGUAUUUAUAAUUUUUCAUUUUUUUAUAAUCUGCUUAUAGAUGUCACUUUCUUGUCACUGGUAAUGAUUUUUUUUUUUAAAGUAUCCUGGUCCAUUAUUCCCUGCAUUAAGUGCAAACAUGGUACUAGAAGUUUAUUCCUCUUAAAUCAUUGAACUACAAUUUUGCUACAGUUGAACUGUUUGCCACAUUCUUAGAUUCCUCUCACUUCAGCAAACUCUGCUCAUCCUAGCAUGUACUGCUAUCUCUUAACCAGAGUUAAGUGGCCAAACAAAAAACACCAGCUGGGACCCCCACUAGGCACCCAUGUUGGUAUUUAAAUAUCUUGUACUCUCUCCUUGUUUUACAUAAAACUAACAGUAGAGAUGGAUACUGUAACUUGCAUACAAUACAGUGGUUAUGUAAAAUAUGGUGGGUAAAUACAGUGCCCUCUGGAGGAGGGGUGGGGAUAUUUCAAUUUGCAGGAUCAUUUGAAUUGUGAUGUCUGCAAACUUCUGGUAUGACAACUAUUGAAUGACUGAUGAUGAAUGUGUUUGCUAUUUAGGAAUGCCAAAGUAUCAGUAGGUAUCUAAUUUUGUGGUAUCAGUACUGGCCUAAAAUUUAGUAUGGAUUUUGGCAAAAAUUUUGGUAUCCUAUCCCUCUUGCUAUUUUGGGUUGUAAUUCCUUGGUAGGCAGUGGCUGGCAUGUUAAAAGAAAAAUGUAACUGUUUUUGAUUGAAAGAUGCACCUCUUUACAGGGUAAUUUUUUUUUUUAACCCUAUGCUUAUACCGUAGAUGAUGAUGCAGACAGGAAUGAACCUGAUACAUAAUUAUGUAAAAUAAGCCCAAUCUGAGAUAGGGUUAGGAUAUUAUAAAAUGCUUUAUAUACAUUAGUAACAGAGAAAUAAACAUUAAACUCAAAAACUAUUUUUUUUUUCAGAUUGAGGAGGGGAAAUAUUUAAGCCUAGUUGUUGUGAUUGUCAUUAUAUGUUUCAAAUGUUUUAAGAAAAGUAGGGGAAAUAAGAACUGAACACAAGGCUAACUGAAAUAUUUUUUUAUUUGCAAUUUAAAAAUAGAAAAUUUAGGCAUAAUUGUGUUGUAGGCUAUUACAAAAAAAAGUAAUUUUUUAGAUGGUAGUUUACUCAUUUUGUAAUAAAGAGUUUGGGAUAGAGAUAUACACACAAAAUAUUUAUCAUUUUAAUUGCAUAUAAAGAUACUAAUCUUUGGUCUAGGGGUAUUAUAAAAUAAUCUUUAAUAUAUUAUCUGAUUAAAACCUAUUAUCUUUGAUACAUAUAUAUACAAGCUACAGUAAUAAAUUAUAAUUAACAUCCUUAAAUAAUUAAUUCACACAGGUACAACUUUCCUGACACUACUGUGUCAUGGUACAUAUAUCUUUCUUUCAACACACCGGCCGUAUCCCACCGAGGCGGGGUGGCCCAAAAGGAAAAACGAAAGUUUCUCCUUUUGCAUUUAGUAAUAUAUACAGGAGAAGAGGUUACUAGCCCCUUGCUCCCGGCAUUUUAGUCGCCUCUUACAACACGCAUGGCUUACGGAGGAAGAAUUCUGUUCCACUUCCCCAUGGAGGUAAGAGGAAAUAAACAAGAACAAGAACUAGAAAGAAAAUAGAAGAAAACCCAAAGGGGUGUGUAUAUAUAUGCUUGUAUAUGUAUGUGUAGUGUGACCUAAGUGUAAGUAGAAGUAGCAAGACAUACCUGAAAUCUUGCAUGUGUAUGAGACAGAAAAAAAAAGACACCAGCAAUCCUACCAUCGUGUAAAACAGUUACAGGCUUCAGUUUUACAUUCACUUGGCAGGACGGUAGUACCUCCCUGGGCGGUUGCUGUCUACCAACCUACUACCUAGGAUGGUACAUAUAUAUACAUGUUAAAAUAAUAGAUUAUAAGUAACAUCUUUGUACAUCUAUCUAUGAAUCAUGCAAUAAUAAAUUUUAACCAACUCAUCAUGACCCUAUAGUGCAUCAGGUGUCAGUGUCGCUGCAUUCUUCGUGUCUCACGACACUACCUAUCCUAGUAUCAUGACACCUACAACUCCGUGUCACAAGACACCCUUGUCUCUGUGUAAUGACGCUCCUUCUCUACCGUGUCAGCUGACGCCCUUUUCUCUCUGUCACACGACACUCCUGCUCUACCGUAUCACACGAUACCCUUAUCUCUGCGUCAUGCAUGCCUUUUCUACCAUGUCACACGACACCCUUAUCCCUUUGUCAUAACACUCAGUCUCUGUAUUUCCGUUUCUUAGCAGCAUCUGACACUUCAACACAAGCUGGGUUACAUGACAGUUCACCCUACCACACAGGAUACAACUCUGACACUACUGUGUCACACUGUCAUACUACAUUAUUUACAUGGAGUUUCAGUAUUAUAACACUACUGUGUCACACGACACCCUUAUCUCUGUGUCACACGACACUUUCUCUACCAUGUCACACGACACCCUUGUCUCUGCAUCACACACACCUACUCUACUGUGUCACACGACACCCUUAUCUCUGCGUCACACACACUUGCUCUGUGUCACACGACACUCUUAUCUCUGUUAUAACACUCUACCCGCAUAGCGUCUUUCUUCAGAAGCCAGCUGUCACAUGACACUAUACAACAGCGUCAGCAUGACUUGGCCCGCAGUUGACUAGAGUCGGUGAUGAGUUCGUAGACAUCACCUACAAUUGUACUCCUUGAGGUAGUCUUGUAAAUACUCUCUAAGGCCUGUAGAUGUACACCGUAAGGUUGUCUGGUGAGUACUAUUUACUGCCUCUAAGACCAGUUGAUAUACACCGUAAGGUGGUCUGGUGAAUACUGCUUGCAGAACACACUAUGUUGCGAGUUCACGGAAUGCGGUCGUCAAGUAACCGAGGCCAUCAGACUCGGUGAGCUGCGGUGAGCUCUUCUUCUAAAGCCAGUAGAAGCCAGUAGAUAUAUACCAUAAGAUGGUCAGGAGAAUACUCUCUACUGCCAGUAGGUGUAUACUGUAAGGUGUUCUGGUAAAUACUGCUUCUAAGGCCGGCUCAGCAGUCCCCACAUUGGGUUUGAUGAUGUACCCUUGGUACUGCUGGCUGGCAGGUUAACAAUUUAACCACUAGUUUGGCAGGAGGCUGCCACAGGCUGUAUCUUAUUUUUGCAGUGUUUCAAAAAAUAUAAAGGUGAAUUUCAAAAGGAAUCAGUUUUAUUGACAAUUCUACCCAAAUAAAUUAGCUUUGUGCAUCCUGCCAUUUGUUUAGUUGUGUGCUUUUCUAUAUAACAAGUUUCAAGUUGUGUUCUAUUUUGAAGUGAAGAAAAACAUUCCAGUGGAUUUAAAAUGUCAUCCUCUCUAGUCAUAUCUUGUACACUUGGUUCAUUCAGCAAAGAUUAAUUUGCUGAAGUCAAACUUAUAUUUGUGUUUUGCAUCACAAAAUUAAUGUAUUUCAUUGAUUUAUGUAAAUUUUAGUAAGGUUUGGAUAGGAUAUUGUUUUGAUGCAAAAUUAAAAGUUUGCAUACCAUGUGAAGAAUUUGAAGUAUAGAAAUUAAGACAGUACUGUAUUGAGUUCUGAAAGUAACAAUUCAGAGGGCAUAGGAGAGAACAUUGUUGAGGUGUUUUGGGAAUUUAAAGAGGAUGGAGCAUAAUAAGGUGAUCAGUAGGGUUUAUAAAUUCAGUGUGAAAGGAAGAAAGGAAAGGGGGUAGCAACCAUUCUAGGAAGGGUUGGAGGGUAUGAAGGAUGUAUUUAAAUGAUAGGGGCCUGAGCAUUCAGUAGGUGUGCUAGGUUAUAGGAUUGGAAGUGCUGUUGGGGUGAGGGCAAGGUAAUGUUUAAAUUCCUGAAGUCUAGGCACAGUGCCAGCACUUUGAAGGAGGGAUGGGGUUAUUACAUUUAGGAAGGUCAUUUGAAUCAUAUCUGCACUUGAUGCUGCCAAGGGACUCCUGAUCCAAGGACUGGGCACAUCUUCUCUUCACUUAAAUUGAACCUGAUUACCUUUGAUCCAAGGAACUGGGCACAUCUUCCUUCACUUAAAUUGAAUCUGUUUGCCUCCCAUUACCCCAGGCACUGUUUGACACCUAAAGAUUUAUGUAUCUUCCCCUCCCCCAUAAAUGUAAUAAUAAGCAAAUAGGUUAAUUAUCCUAAAUGUACAACAUAGCCUCUCUUCACUUAGCGAUGUACUCGUUUGCCGAUGACUCAGACUUAUGACGGGCUUUCUGACCAAUAUGCAUUCCUAAAUAAUGUAUGUUAGAGCUGAUUUCCUUUGUUCUGUUUAUUACAAUAUACAGUACACUACUGUAUAAACAUUUAAAAAUAUACUAAACAUGUUAUAAAUGGUGCAAAGGUGACAUUAAAACAAUAUCAAGCAUGGUUCACACAAACCCACUACCAUUAUAGUAUGCUCCUUGCUUAGCGAUGAACUCGUUUACCGAUGUCAUCUUAGGAACGGAACUCUGUUGUUAAGUGAGGAGAGGCUGUACUUAAUAUACUGUUGUAAAUAACCAAAAGCAUAAUAAAUUCGUGAAUGCCAUGGAAAACAUUUUCCUCAGUUAAAUAUUACAACAUGGUUUUACCACAGAGUUGUCAAAUUGUCAACUAAAUAUUUUAUUUCUUUCAGUUUAUUAAUAUGAAAUGCAAAUUAGGUCGAUGUAUAGCAUAAUGUAAACAAAUAUUAUUCAGUUUAUUAUGGUGUGGAGGAUGCUGAAUAUAGUUGCAUGGGAGAGAGGACACGUGCAGUAAGCUAAGCAGGUUAAGGAGAGGAGAAAAAGGAUGUCACUUAUCCCCACCCCACCCCCCGUCCCUCUUCUGCCAACCACUGACGUCUACUAGACAUGCAUGAAUAACAUUAACAGUAUUCAAUAUUGACAAGUUGAUGAAUUAGAUAACAUGCAACACCUGGUUAUCUUUAUUUUGAAGACAUUUUGCCAGCAUGUGGCUUUGUCAAUACAGAGCUUGUUAACUGGAGACAGUAGAGGGUGAAGUAAUUAGCUUCUCAGCCUUGAAGGCAUUAAAGUUAGAGGUAGUGUUUACUACCUUGACCUUGAUGAAUUUGAAGCAUAGGCAAGAAGAUACAUUCAUAUACUACAAUCAGAUGAGGUGUGGCAGUGGGCAGGACCCACUAGUGGAAGUAGGUCAUGCCUAAAAGUUGCGCAUGAGGAUGUCCUCUACAACUUAUUUGCUAACCUCAUCCAUAAGCACCACCUCAGCCACUCUUCUGACUAAGAAUCAGAGCAAUUUACACCUCAUCUCUCCACCACAAGAAGGUAAGUAAAAUUACUGUAAACUAUGUACAGUGCUAUAAAAUUACUGUACUGUAGUACUACAUGUUACAAUACAGUAACAGUAUUCGUAGUGUCCAGUUAUCUUCUGAACCAGUGGACUAAGUCUGCUAAUUCAGCAGAGAACUGGAUAAUCAUGAAAAUUAUAUUGUAAUUUGGAAAUUUUGGACAAUUAGCAAUAUCAUACACCACCUCCAUUUAACCCUUAAACUGUCCAAACGUAGAUCUACAUUCACGCGCGUAGCUCUCUGAACGUAGAUCUACUUAUUUUUUUUUUUUUUUUUUUUACAUAAUGUAAAAUCGAAUGUAGAUCUACAUUUGGAGCAUUAAGUGCAUGAACGUAGAUCUAUGUUUGGACAGUUUAAGGGUUAAUUAAGUUUUAAUUGACUAGUGCACUGUAUGCAAGACGAGGUAAAUUAUAAUAAUCUUGGGGGAAAAAAAAGUGAGCCCUAUAAAAUAUAUGCAUACACUGUACAGUAUUCAACAAGUGUAAUUUGUAAAGUACUGUAACUUUUUAAUUUAUAGUAUUUUGUCCUAGGGUAUUGGUCAAGAUAAUAAAAUUUUCAUAAACAUUCUGAAUAUAAAUUUGAAGAAAAAUAAGUAACAGAUCAUAGUCAUCAUGUGUAGUUUUUAAUGGGUUAUCACAGUAGGAUAAUUCAUGAAGAUUAAGAAAAGUAUUUCAUAUAGAGUACGGUGUUAAGGUAUUAUAUUUAAACUUGGUCCGCAAUGCAAGUUUUGUUUUUUAUAGAACCCUUUACUAUUAAGGUGAGUAAAUCAUAUUGUCACUUAUUUUGACCAUUUAAUUUCAUCUGAUGCAUUUUUAGUAUGCCUAACUUGUCAAGUUUGAUCUUACUUUAUUUUUAAAGAUAUUAAUUUGUAACUGAGCUUGUGCCUUGUUAGGCUAUUGAAACAUUUUGAAUACUACUUUUACAGUUUAAAAGUUAAUAUAUACUGUACUGUAAUGCUUAAGCCAAUAAAAAAUAGAUAGUA